AUGGAACUGAAUAAUUCGAAUACCGAAAAGAAAAAACAACAGGUGGAAAUCUUCCGUAAGUUUGCAUCGGAAGCUUCCUCACAGGAUAGAGUUGGAACCCAUAAACUCAUUCUGCGGUUUGAUGACUUUAUCAAAUUAAUAUCAAGCUCUCAAAGUCUUUACUCCAAAUUUACAGACCACUCCUAUAAUUUGAACCAAAUACCAAACGAGGUUUUCGGUUGCAUUUUCUUUGCAUUAGAUGAACAGAACAAGGGUUACCUGACAAUAAAUGACUGGUUCCAUUUUAACAACCUUUUGGAGUGUGACAAUUACAAUCUAGUGAUUUUGUAUGAAUUCUUCAGAAAGUUUGAUGUUGCUAGACUCAGAGGGUCACGCUUGAGGAACAAGCCCUUCCAAGUUAAGUCUGGGGAUUCGGUAGACGAUGUAAGAGUAAAAUCAAUAAACUACGGCAGCCGUUUUCUCAGUUUCGAUAAUUUGUAUCUCGAUCUCGCUCAAUUUAAGGCAACCAUAAAGCUGUUGCAACAAUCAGUCAAUGAUAAGUUCUUGGUAGCCAACAAACUUCUGAUUGAUUGGAACAGUUUUAAAUGGCUAAGAUUUUAUGAGAUUCAUCCAUACAACAAGAGCGAUGGGGCAUACAUUACCCUAAACUCUCUCGUGACAAUAUUGCAAAACGACUUGAAGAACGAGAAACUAUACAUGGGAUUCGAGAGACUGUCGCACAUUAAUUAUAAUAACAAUUCGCUCACUUUGAGCAAGAACCAGCUUGUCUACUUGCUCAAACUAUUUUAUUCGCAUCGAAUAACUGCGGAUGUUUUCAGUUCUCUCAAUUUGUCCAACUCCAAGAUGAUUUCGUGUGACAAUCAUUAUAUCAACUAUAAUGUCUUCAAAGACAUCUUUUUCCUCUUUCAAAAUUUUGAUCUUUUGAAUCAAGUGUUCAUGAGAUUUGCGAAGACAAAUAACUUCAAUGAUCAAGAUAUGAGGGAAUGUGUGAUAACCAAGGAGAAUUUAAUUGAAUUUUUGAACGUUGAGUACAAUAAGAUAAACAAUAUUGUCGAGUUUUCUCCUUCUCAGAUAAAUCUACUAUUUUCAAUUGUGGCUAAUUCGAAAAAGAACAAUUUGAUAAAAAAAGAGCUGGAUCUGCAUCACGAAGACUCUCAGAUUGAAAGCUUUAUUCGAAACGAUUUUUGUCAUGGGACAAGCGCAAAAAAAGAGAACCUUCAAGAUUUCAAUACUAGUUACCAUGACUUGGUGGGAGGAUUUAAUGUGGAGGGUGAUCUCGAAAAGAGGCACCAUCCACGCCAAAAUACUUCAGGACUGUUGAAUCUCUUCGGAAACAGAUCACAAUUGGGUGACAAUUUUUCCGAAUUUAAUUUAACCAUAGAAGACUUUAUGAAAAUUUUGAAUCCUAAUUAUUUGAAUGAUUUAGUGCAUCAAAUGGAAAUUCGUCGUAUUCAAUCUGAAUCAUCACACACAAAUCUCUAUUUCUUUCCGAUUUUUGAUUCUAUUUAUAAUUUUACGCUGGGCUCAAUUGCAGGAUGUAUAGGGGCAACUGUUGUAUAUCCCAUAGAUCUGGUGAAGACCAGAAUGCAGGCGCAAAGAAACUUUUCCCAAUACCGUAACUCAAUAGAUUGUUUCAUCAAAAUCUUCAGUAAGGAAGGUGUGAGAGGUAUAUAUUCAGGGCUCGGUCCUCAACUCAUCGGUGUUGCUCCAGAGAAGGCCAUCAAGCUUACCGUGAAUGACUUUUUAAGAAGUUUUUUUAUGGACGAUCGCGGUGAUAUAAAACUUCCCUUUGAAAUCCUAUCUGGUGCUACUGCUGGUGCGUGUCAAGUUAUUUUCACCAAUCCUCUCGAAAUUGUAAAAAUUAGACUUCAAGUUCGAUCUGAGUACGCUGGUGAUUUAGCACGAUCGCAAGUCAAUGCUAUAGGGGUGGUAAAGUCACUAGGACUUAGUGGCCUCUACCGAGGUAUCACUGCUUGUCUAAUGAGAGAUGUUCCCUUUUCUGCCAUUUAUUUCCCAACUUACGCUCAUAUAAAGAAAGAUCUUUUUCACUAUGACCCCAAAGAUAAAAAUAAAAGGAGUAGACUUAGAACUUGGGAAUUGCUAACUGCUGGCGGGUUAGCUGGGAUGCCAGCUGCAUUUUUGACUACUCCUUUCGAUGUUAUAAAGACAAGACUGCAAAUUGAUCCUAGGGCAGGAGAAACCAAGUACAAUGGGAUACUUCAUGCAGCAAAGACAAUUUUAAAGGAGGAAAGCUAUAAGAGCUUUUUCAAAGGUGGAGGAGCCCGUGUCCUCAGAAGCUCUCCUCAAUUUGGCUUCACCUUGGCUGCUUAUGAAAUUUUCCAAAAUUUAUUUCCUUUACAUGCUAAUUCUCAAUCCCCUGAAAAGACUGAAGAUGAGACACCUUUUAUUACUAGUUCCUUUUCUUCUUUUUUCAAAAGCAUGAAGGCUACUUCGAAGGAGCAUGUCGAGAUAACAGAGUUUUUUGGCCCCUCGGUCGAUCCUUACAGCAGUAAUUACCUGAAUUACUAUUAUAAGAGUUGCCAAAUUGCCAAAGUAUUUAUUGAUUUGGACUACAACUUCUCCAAAUUUAAUUACGAAGUGUAUCACAAUUUUCACAGAACCAUCAAAGAUCUUGAAAGUGGCUCCAAAUAA